CAUAUAUAUAUAUAGUCGCGCACACUCACACGCACACCUGCACACACACACACACACAAACACACACAUAGACAGGGGGCGCCACCUGAAGAAAGUGCAGCCAGGCUUUGUCAUCGGCUUCGAGCUAGAAACAAGAAACGUCAACGGCUCCGCCCAGAGCAAAUCAAAUCGCAUCAAAUCGCAUCAAAUCGAAUCGAGCCGCGCGCGCCACGCCCCUAGUAGAAAGGGAAAUAUGGGCAGAGUGCUGAGCUACGUCUUCAUAGUCAGCUCGCUGAUAUUGUGGUACCUGCUGCUCUUUGGCAGCUCGAGCGCGGGCGUCGAGGCCACCAACGGCCACGGAAUGCAGUUGGAGGGACGCGACUUUCAUCACCAUGGCGGCAGCCAUCACAUAAGACGCAACAUCAAUCACUGCUGGCGCCGCUACGAUGGCUACAAUCUACAGAACACCAUUGUCAACAAGAAGGAGCAGCUGAAGAAACCAUAUGGCAUUCUGUGCAACUUCAAGUGCACCUGGUUCUUUACAAUCAGUUAUCCCACUUGCGAAUUCAUCUACGACUACAAGUUAUCCUGCGUUUUGUUCACUUCACUGCCCGACUGCACGAACGUCAAGUGCACGCUCUUAAACUAUUUCAGCUAGACAAAAGGCAAAUACCGAGUGCCGACCGGGUGUAUGCGCACUCACAUGCAGCUCUCUAUAUACAUAUAUAUAUAGCUAAUUAUUGUAUUUCUAGUUCAAAGUGCUCCUUAAUCUUAACUUUUUUUUUCUUUUUUUUUUUUUUUAAGUUAAC